AUGGACACCACAUCGUACACGGAUUUUUCCAUUGCUUCAGCGAUAUAUAUAACAAAGUACACAGGAAUAUGGCUACCACGAAAUGUGACUGAAGAACGGCAAAGGAAGAUAUCCAUGUCGUACAUCGCCGUCGCACUUCUAUAUGGGAUAUACGUGAACGUGGUAGAUAUUUACCACACGUGGAACGAUGCAACUCACUGCAUGUUCCUGAUACUGAACACGAUAUGUAUCUUUAUGACAAUAAUUAAGAUGCUGAUCCUAAAUUCUAAUAGAGCUGAAUUAGCUGACGCUUUUUUCUAUGCCCAACGGCACUUCUGGCAUGAUAAUUACAAUUCCGAGGAACGACUGAUCUUUUCCAUAUCUGUAAAAUAUUGCACAAGGUUUGUGUUGUUCGCAUUCGCUGUUCAGCCAGUUACUUUGGCCGGAUAUGUGAUCACGCCUCUUAUUGAAAACCUUGGACGAAAUAAAUCAGACAGGGUACUUCCAUUCAAGAUGUGGGUUGACUGGCCUUUAUCCGAGACACCGUACUAUGAAUUAAUGUUUACUUUUGAGGUGAUAUGCGUAUUCUUAAUUGGCAUCGCGUACGUUUGCCCCGAAGUGUUUUUAUGCGUCUUUAAUUUGCACGUGAUGGGUCAAUUUCGUAUACUACAAUACAGAAUGUUGAAUUUCUGGAACGUUGAAGGCAAAGAAAUGGAUGCAUUCAUAUACACCGAUCAUUGUUAUGCAGCUCUGAAGAAGUGUGUACAACAUCAUCAGUUACUUAUUGAGUUCUGCGUGAAGCUGGAACAAGUGUAUACCAUGUCGAUUUUUGUGCACAUGGCAUUUCUAAGCCUGUUAAUGGGUUUGGACUGCUAUGAAAUACUCGUGGCAGACACAAAUCCGUCGAUGCGUCUGAUUUUCAUAUUCCACGUAACUGGCAGCCUAAUUCACCUUUUUAUCUUUACGUACACUUGUCACUUUAUAAUGGAAGAAAGUACCAACGUUACUAGAACGAUAUAUUCAGGUUCGUGGAGCACUUUGCCAAUGUACAAAGCUGGCAGAUCGUUACGAUCGGAUAUAAGAUUCAUUAUGAUAAGAUCGUUGAAACCGUGCUGCCUGACUGCUGGUGGAUUUUUUCCCGUGUCUUUGGAGACUUUCACCUCGCUUUUAAGUUCUACAUUUUCCUAUUUUACCCUGAUGAGGGAGUCUUUGACGAGAACCGAGGGCGAAUAGUAUACAAAACAGAUUAAUAUGUAUUAACAGCGACCGUAGAAAUAUAUAAAAGUGAA